CUUUUAUUUUUAUUAUUAGUAUAUUUUGUGUUUGUAGUUCAUUAUCAUUUUUUGUAUCAUUAUUAUGUUUAUUGCAAAUAAAAUAACAGUUGUAGGAGUGUCUGAUAGAAUCAAUUUGAGUUAUAAACAAAGAUGAAUAUGAUAGAUCUACUUGUUCCUUUGAUGGUAACCUUCUUAUCUGUAGGUUUCACUGUGGCUCAAUGUCCUCCUGAUGUCGUCUCUUUUUUUAUUUUAAAUGAUAGAACCAUCCAUGUUCCAUUGACAGAGCCAUUAUGCCUUCAAUGUAGGUUCUUUACUAAUGAAGGCAACUUUUUUACCUUUUCUGAUGGUGUAUGGAGGAAGGGCAGUACUGUACUGAAUGAUAGAGACUUUAAUGGAAAUGUUAAUCUAUCAAGUACAUCUGAUACUAUGCGUAUGACCCUGGAGUAUCCUGAUGAUCUUGUUAAUGUUGGUGAUACUAUAACAUGCUCAUCAUCAACUGCUGGUCAACAAAGCAGGAUAACUUUUGGAAAUUAUGGUGAACUAAGCAUAAUUGCUUUGCCUAUAUGUUUAUAAUUAUUUAAAAAUAGUCUUUCUGAA